AUGCAUUUGCCAUCGCUCGUAUCACUGGCAACUCUGCUGGUGGCUAGCGUGAACAGCGCUCAAGCCAAGAUGCACACUGCCAAAGUAUUCAAGCAGCCUCCGCUAGACGCCGAAACCAACGAUUUCAUGGUUCUGCAGAGCGCAGCGCACCUGGGCGACAAGUACUUACAGCAAUUCGCCAAGGCGUAUCCAGAUGUGGAGUUCAGCAGCGAAAUGCCUGUGACAGCAGAGUUCAACGACAAACGCGCGAUGCGGGCGCUGCAGGGCCACGACGUCCCGCUCUCGAACUACCUAAACGCGCAGUAUUUCACCGAUAUCACGCUGGGCACGCCGCCUCAGAGCUUUAAGGUGAUUCUAGACACUGGGUCUUCGAACCUAUGGGUUCCAGGUGCAGAGUGCGGGUCGCUAGCGUGCUUCUUGCACUCCAAGUACGACCACGAAUCCUCGUCGUCGUACAAGGCCAAUGGCACCAAGUUUGCUAUCCAAUAUGGUACUGGGUCCUUGGAAGGCUACAUCUCUCAGGACACCUUGAGCAUUGGCGACCUGACCAUCCCUAAGCAGGACUUUGCGGAGGCCACGUCGGAACCCGGAUUGACCUUUGCGUUUGGGAAAUUCGACGGUAUUUUGGGUUUGGGUUAUGACACCAUUUCCGUCGACAAAGUUGUGCCCCCUGUGUACAAGGCCAUUGAACAAAAUCUUUUGGACGAACCAAAAUUCGCGUUUUAUCUCAACGACGCCAAUGAAGCUGAAGAAUCUGUAGGCGAAGUCACUUUUGGAGGUAUUGACCACUCCAAAUAUAAGGGCAACAUCACCUGGUUGCCUGUUCGUCGUAAGGCCUACUGGGAAGUCAAGUUCGAGGGAAUUGGGCUUGGUGAUGAAUACGCCAAACUCGAAAACACCGGUGCCGCUAUUGAUACCGGUACUUCCUUGAUUGCCCUCCCAUCGGGUCUUGCGGAAGUGAUAAACUCUGAAAUCGGUGCCAAGAAAGGAUGGACUGGUCAAUACACAGUGGACUGUGAGUCCAGAGAUCUACUACCAGACUUGACCUUCACCUUCAAUGGUCACAAUUUCACCAUUUCGGCUUACGAUUACACUCUGGAAGUGUCGGGAUCUUGUAUCUCUGCGUUUACGCCUAUGGACUUUCCAGAACCCGUUGGACCUUUGGCUAUCAUUGGUGAUGCCUUUUUGCGUAAGUUCUACUCCGUAUAUGACUUGGGUAACAAUGCGGUUGGGUUGGCUCAAGCCGUGUAA